GCUUGGUUCCCGGGGGCGGGGCUAGAGGGGCGGGGCCCGUGGGCGUCCUGGUGAUGGUGCCUAGCAACGUCAGGGCCGGGGCCGCGAGGUAGUUGGCAGAGGCCUCGGGGUCCUCCUGGAAGGGGCUUCAUGACAGAUUCGGACGAGGAUGCCCUGAAGGUUGACCAGGGCCCCUCACAGGACAUCCCAAAGCCAUGGGUGAUUCCAGCCCCCAAAGGGAUCCUGCAGCACAUCUUUGGAACCAGCCAGGUGUUCCAAAGCAUCUGUGACGUAAAGCCAAAGGUCACGGGGUUAACGGUGCCCCUCAAAGUCAGGGAGUACUACUCCAGAGGCCAGCAGUGCUUGGAGCAGGCAGACUGGGAGACAGCUGUGCUGUUCUUCUCCCGUGCGCUCCACCUGGACCCACAGCUGGUGGACUUCUACGCCUUGCGGGCCGAGGCCUACCUCCAGCUCUGUGACUUCUCCUCGGCUGCCCAGAACCUGCGAAGGGCCUACUCCUUACAGCAGGACAACUGCAAGCACCUGGAGCGCCUCACCUUUGUGCUCUACCUACAGGGGCAAUGCCUUUUUGAGCAGUGUGCCUUCCUGGAUGCCCUGAAUGUCUUCUCACAUGCUGCCGAGCUCCAGCCUGAGAAAGCGUGCUUCCGUUACCGAUGCAUGGCCUGUCUCCUGGCCCUCAAGCAGCAUCCGGCCUGCCUCUCACUCAUCACCGAGGAGCUGAAGCAGGACACCACCAACGCCGACGUCUACAUCCUCCGGGCCAGACUCUACAACUUUCUCCAGAAGCCCCACCUCUGCUACCGGGAUCUGCACGGCGCCUUGCUGUUGAAUCCCAAGCAUCCCCAGGCCAGGAUGCUGCUCCAGAAGAUGGUGGCCCAGGCCCAGCAGGCGCGCCAAGACGCGGGGAUCCUGGCCGUGCAGGGCAGGCUGCAGCACGCACUGCAGCGCAUCAACUGUGCCAUCGAGAACAACCCUCUGGACCCCAGUUUCUUCCUCUUCCGGGGCACCAUGUACCGACGGCUUCAGGAGUUUGAUGGAGCAGUGGAGGACUUCCUGAAGGUGCUGGACAUGGUGACCGAGGACCAGGAGGACAUGGUGCGGCAGGCGCAGCGCCAGCUGUUGCUUACCUACAACGACUUUGCCGUGCACUGCUACAGGCAGGGUGCCUACCAGGAGGGCGUGCUGCUGCUGAACAAGGCCCUCCGGGACGAGCAGCAGGAGAAAGGGCUCUACAUCAACCGAGGCGAUUGCUUCUUCCAGCUGGGCAACCUGGCCUUUGCCGAGGCAGACUACCAGCAGGCGCUGGCGCUGAGCCCGCAGGACGAGGGCGCCAACACGCGCAUGGGCCUGCUGCAGGAGAAGAUGGGGUUCUGCGAGCAGAAGCACAGGCAGUUCCAGAAGGCAGAGGACCACUUCUCCACGGCCAUCCGGCACAACCCCCAGAAGGCCCAGUACUACCUGUACCGGGCCAAGAGCCGGCAGCUGCUGCAGAACAUUUUUGGGGCACGCCAGGAUGUGGCCACUGUCCUGCUCCUCAACCCCAAGCAACCAAAGCUGUCCCUGCUGAUGACCAACCUCUUCCCGGGCAUGUCUGUGGAGGAGGUGCUUAGCACCCAGAUAGCCCACCUGGCCAGGCUGCAGCUGGAACGGAUGGUGGAGGGCAGCCUGCAGGCUGGAGGCCCACAAGGCAUUGUGGGGAUGCUUAAGCAGUGGGAGUUGGAGCGCCAGAAGGCCUUGGCCCUGCAGCGCUCAUGGAAGCAGGGGGAGCCUUUGAUUGAGACCUCCGAGAAGCUGCAGGCCACCCCUGAGAUUCCGCAGGUAGAACCGGGAAGCUCAGAGGGACAGGCUGAGGCCCCCAAGGAGGAGGAAGAGAAGGAGGAGGAGGAACAGAAGGAGGAGGAGGAACAGAAAGAGGAGGAGAAAAAAGAGGAGAAGAAACCAAAGCUCACACCUAGCAAGGUGGCGUCCCUGUCCGAGAGCUACCUCGACCAGACCUCUUUAGCCUCCAGCAUGAGCUUCAGGACCACAUGCACCUCAGAGACUGAGACGUCGGCUAUCUGCCAGGAAUACAGGAGCACCUCAGCCACCGCCAUGACAUUCUCUGACUCAUCACUGCUGAAGACGCAAUCCUCAGACUCUGGGAACAAUAGGGAGGCAUUGAGCCAUGGUCCCAGAAAAAUCAAGGACAUCCAGGGCCAGAGGCAGAGCCUUAGCAAGACCCAGGCCACCCAGAGCCAGAGGCAGAACUUCAGCAAGACCAAGGCCGCCAUACACAGGAGGAACUCCAGCAAGACCAAGGCCACCCAGGGCCAAGGGCGGCGCUCCAGCAAGACUGAGGCCACUCAGGGCCAGAGGCAGAGCUCCAGCGAGAUCGAGACCUCCCAGGGCCCAAGGCAGGAGCCCAGCAAGACCAAGACCACCCAGAGCCCAAGGCAGAGGCCCCGAAAGGUCAAGGCUGCUCGUGGCCGGAGCUGGAGACCCAGCAAGCUUGAUGCCACCCAGGGCCGAAGCAGGGGACUGCUCCGAAGUUCCACCAAGACUGAGGCUUUCUAUGACUCAAACUGGAGCCUCAGCAAGACUGAGGAUGUUCAAGGCCAGGGCCAGAGAACCAGCAAGGCUGAGGCUGCCCAGGGCAAGAGCCGGGGCAUGAGCUCAACUUCCAGCAAGGCUGAGUCCACCUGGGGACCCAGCCCGAGUGUCAGCAAAACUGAGGUUGGUCAGGACCUCACCUACUACGAAGCUCUCUGAAGGGACCAUCUAGCCCCUCACUUCUUGCUGGGGAGGGGAGCAGUUCUACUCACCCCCCAGCACUGGCACUGAGCCAGCUGCCUCCUUCCAGAGCAAUUAAAAGUCUUAGCAAACAGUCCUCUGGUCCCAUAGCUGAGUUUAUUAUACUUGUUCUCUUCUUUUACAAAAUUAAAAACUUCUAAAACCAGG